AUGGCGUCGAUAGAAAUGCACUCGUUCACUCGCGACAUGCAACCGCUGAUGGAGGAGGCCGCGAAUAAUUUUGCCGAGGAAAAAGUGAAUACGGCAUUCGGGCAAGUCAAAGUGUCGAUUUAUGGUGAUCGUAAGGAUCCCAAAAAGGUCCCAAUGAUCACUUUCCACGAUUUGGGACUUGAUUCGGAGAGCAACUUCCAAAACUUCUUCCAAUUCGUGUCGAUCGCCGAGUUCGCCGACAAAUUCUGCAUCUACAAUAUCAAUGCACCCGGUCAGGAGAUGGAUGCUCAGCCACUUCCAGAAAACUAUCAAUACCCAACGAUGGACGGUGUUGCGAAGACCAUUGAAAACGUGGCGGACCACUUCAAAAUCAACCAAUUCAUUGGAUUCGGUGUCGGCGUCGGUGCCAACGUCCUUCUCAGAUACGCGGCUCAAAAUCAGAAUCGUGUCAUCGCCCUGAUCCUUGUCAAUUGCUGUUCUGGAAAGUCGGGAUGGGUCGAGUGGGGAUACGAAAAGUGGAAUGCGUCGUAUUUGCGAAAAGUGGGCAUGACAAAGUUUACUGUGGACUACUUGAUGUGGCACCAUUUUGGAAGGAAUUAUGACAGAUGCAGUCCGGAUAUUGUUCGUCAGUAUCGCGUCUUCUUCCAACACCUUCCGAAUCCGAACAGCUUGGCGGCCUUCAUUGAAUCCUAUAUUCAAAGAUCCCCCCUUCCUAUCUCCCGGGAUGGUACCACUGGUGUUCAACUCAAAGUUCCAGUUCUCCAGCUAGUUGGUGCUGGAAGUGCCCACGUGGAGGAUACCGUCGAGGUGAACACUAAACUAGACCCCGCCCACGCUGACUGGAUCAAAAUAUCGGAUUCGUGUGGAUUGGUGCUGGAUGACCGCCCGGAUGCUGUUACGGAGAGUAUGAUGCUGUUUUUGCAAGGGCUCGGAUAUUUCCCAACGCUGAAUGUGAUGAAAAUGACGAAAAAGAUGCAAGAGACGCAGAAUGGAGGUGGAUUCUCGGCGAUUACCAGUCAAUCGAAUGAAUGUUAA